AUGUCUUAUGUUUUUGAAACAGGGACUUUCAAGAUACAGCAAUGGGACAUGCGCAAACAAGAUUUCCUUGAAUCUGCUCCUGGCUUGGGAAUGUUUGUGACUGUUAGAACUUACAAUGAUGAGGUAUUAUUGUCCAAGCUAUAUGGCCCACAAGGAAGGUUCUAUUUUACUUCACAUUCACCUGGUGAACACAUCAUUUGCUUGGAAUCUAAUUCUACGAGGCUUGUGUCGUUUGGUGGGAGUAAGCUGCGGAUCCACUUAGAGAUUCGAGUUGGACAACAUAACCUUGAUGCAGCCAUUGCUCAAGCAAAGGACAAAGUUAAUGAAGUUAGCUUUAAGCUGGAACAUCUAAUUGAGCAAAUUGAGCAAAUAGUCAAAGAACAAAACUAUCAAAGGGACCGCGAAGAAAAUUUUCGAAUGAUCAGUGAAGAUACAAAUAGCAAUGUUUUAUGGUGGGCUUUUGCACAAACAUUAAUCUUUAUCUCAAUCGGAAUUUUCCAAAUGAAAUACCUUAAAGACUUCUUUAUAGCUAAGAAACUCGUUUAAAAUGUUAAUAAAGACAAACAACUACCUGCUAAUUUACAUAAUGUUUGAGUAAACCAAUCAAAAUACAUUCAUAACCAUGUACUGCUUUUAUGAUUUCAAAGAUGAUCAGAGAUUGAAAUUAAUGUUACACUGAUAAAAUAUUACUUUAACUAUGUAGCCUUUGAGCUUGAUAGAAAAAGCACAUCAUCCAGUUCUUAU